ACGCCUACUUCCGGACAGGUCAGGCCAAGGUCUCAGCCACAUGACUGUGUUCCGGCUCGGUAAAGAUGGCGGCGCCCAGGGCGGUAGCGUGAAACUUGUUGGUGGAAGACGCUGACCAGUCGUGUAGGAAUCAAAACAGCGGGGACCCUGCGCCAUGUCGCGACUGAUCGUGAAGAAUCUCCCGAAUGGGAUGAAGGAGGAGCGUUUCAGGCAGCUGUUUGCCGCCUUCGGCACGCUGACAGACUGCAGCCUGAAGUUCACCAAAGAUGGCAAGUUCCGCAAGUUUGGUUUUAUUGGCUUCAAGUCCGAGGAAGAGGCCCAGAAGGCACAGAAGCAUUUCAACAAGAGCUUCAUCGACACAUCCCGGAUCACAGUGGAGUUCUGCAAGUCAUUCGGGGACCCGGCCAAACCCAGAGCCUGGAGCAAACAUGCGCAGAAACCAAGCCAGCCCAAGCAGCCUCCAAAAGACUCUACUACUCCAGAAAUUAAGAAAGAUGAGAAGAAGAAAAAGGUGGCAGGUCAACUGGAGAAGCUGAAGGAGGAUACAGAGUUCCAGGAGUUUCUGUCAGUUCAUCAGAGGCGGGCGCAGGCAGCCACUUGGGCGAAUGAUGGCCUGGAUGCUGAGCCCUCGAAAGGGAAGAGCAAGCCGGCCAGUGACUACCUGAACUUUGACUCCGAUUCUGGGCAGGAGAGUGAGGAAGAGGGAGCCGGGGAGGACCUGGAAGAAGAGGCAAGCCUCGAACCAAAGGCAGCUGUGCAGAAGGAGCUGUCGGACAUGGAUUACCUGAAAUCCAAGAUGGUGAAGGCCAGGUCGUCCUCUUCCUCGGAGGAAGAGGAAAGUGAAGAUGAAGCCGUGCACUGUGAUGAAGGGAGUGAGGCCGAGGAAGAGGAUUCCUCCGCCACCCCAGUCCUGCAGGAAAGAGACAGCAAGGGUGCAGGCCAAGAGCAAGGGAUGCCAGCUGGGAAAAAGAGACCACCAGAGGCCAGAGCCGAGACAGAGAAACCAGCAAACCAGAAGGAACCCACCACCUGCCACACCGUGAAGCUGCGGGGAGCCCCGUUCAAUGUCACAGAGAAAAAUGUUAUGGAAUUCCUGGCACCCCUGAAACCAGUGGCCAUUCGAAUUGUGAGAAACGCUCAUGGGAAUAAAACAGGAUACAUCUUUGUGGAUUUCAGCAAUGAAGAGGAAGUGAAGCAAGCUCUGAAAUGCAACCGGGAGUACAUGGGUGGGCGCUACAUCGAGGUGUUCAGGGAAAAGAACGUCCCCACCACCAAGGGUGCACCAAAGAAUACCACCAGAUCCUGGCAAGGCCGGAUACUUGGGGAGAACGAAGAGGAGGAGGACCUGGCCGAAUCCGGAAGGCUCUUUGUACGGAACCUGCCCUACACCAGCAGCGAGGAGGAUCUGGAGAAGCUCUUCUCCAAAUACGGUCCCCUGUCUGAGCUCCACUACCCCAUCGACAGCCUGACCAAGAAACCCAAGGGUUUUGCAUUCAUCACCUUCAUGUUCCCUGAGCAUGCUGUGAAGGCCUACUCGGAGGUGGACGGGCAGGUAUUCCAGGGCAGGAUGCUCCAUGUGUUACCAUCUACCAUCAAGAAGGAAGCCAGCGAGGAUGCCAGUGCCCUGGGAUCGUCAUCCUACAAGAAGAAGAAGGAGGCCCAGGACAAAGCCAACAGUGCCAGCUCUCACAACUGGAACACACUAUUCAUGGGGCCGAAUGCCGUGGCCGAUGCCAUCGCACAGAAGUACAACGCCACCAAGAGUCAAGUGUUUGACCACGAGACCAAGGGCAGCGUGGCCGUGCGCGUGGCUCUGGGGGAGACCCAGCUUGUCCAGGAAGUGCGGCGUUUUCUCAUAGACAACGGGGUCAGCCUGGAUUCCUUCAGCCAGGCUGCAGCAGAGCGAAGCAAGACUGUGAUUCUGGUCAAGAACCUCCCGGCAGGCACCCUGGUGGCCGAGCUGCAGGAGACCUUCGGCCAUUUUGGCAGCCUGGGCCGCGUGCUGCUGCCAGAGGGCGGAAUCACUGCCAUCGUGGAGUUCCUGGAGCCCCUGGAGGCCCGCAAGGCCUUCAGGCAUCUGGCCUAUUCCAAGUUCCAUCAUGUCCCCCUCUAUCUGGAGUGGGCUCCAGUUGGCGUCUUCUCUAGCGCAGCCCCACAGAAGAAAAAGCUCCAAGACACACCUUCAGAACCCAUGGAAAAGGACCCAGCAGAGCCAGAAACAGUGCCUGAUGGCGAAACCCCAGAAGAUAAAAAUCCAACAGAGGAAGGAGCAGACAACUCUUCAGCAAAGAUGGAAGAGGAGGAGGAGGAAGAGGAAGAAGAAGAAGAGAGCCUCCCAGGAUGUACUCUGUUUAUUAAGAAUCUCAAUUUUGACACAACAGAAGAGAAGCUGAAGGAAGUGUUUUCAAAAGUGGGGACAGUGAAGAGCUGCUCCAUCUCCAAGAAGAAGAACAAAGCAGGAGCGCUGCUUUCCAUGGGGUUUGGAUUUGUGGAAUACAGGAAGCCGGAGCAAGCCCAGAAAGCUCUCAAGCAGCUCCAGGGUCACGUCGUGGACGGCCACAAGCUGGAAGUGAGGAUCUCGGAACGAGCCACUAAGCCAGCCAUGACAUCAGCUCGGAAGAAACAAGUUCCCAGAAAGCAGACCACCUCCAAGAUCCUGGUGCGGAACAUCCCCUUCCAGGCCCACAGCCGGGAGAUCCGAGAGCUCUUCAGCACCUUUGGGGAGUUGAAGACGGUCCGCCUGCCAAAGAAGAUGACUGGGACAGGCACACACAGAGGCUUCGGCUUUGUGGACUUCCUCACCAAGCAGGAUGCGAAGAGAGCCUUCAACGCCCUGUGUCACAGCACCCACUUGUACGGGCGGAGGCUGGUGCUGGAGUGGGCCGACUCCGAGGUGACCCUGCAGGCCCUGCGGCGGAAGACGGCCGCGCACUUUCACGAGCCCCCGAAGAAAAAGCGGUCUGUGGUGUUGGACGAGAUCCUGGAGCAGCUGGAAGGCAGUGACAGCGACAGCGAGGAGCAGACCCUUCAGCUGUGAGCUGGCGCCGAGAGGAAUCACUGGGUGGGCCUCCAAGUGAGAGUUCGGGAAUCUUCAGACUCUGCAUAAAACAUGGUCUGUGCAUUUUGGUGGGGAUGAGGUUCCAGUCUUCAUCCAGUUUUCGGAGUGGCCCAGAGCCCAGGCAAGGCCACACAGAGCUGGCAGCCUGCACGACCAAGCGUGCGCCUUGUGUCCUCUAGGGCAGGCACCCCCUUAGCCAUCCAAGCUCAUCCCUGAGAAUUCGUGGAAACAAAAGACACAGAAUGGCUCGUUCCCCAGCCAUUUAUUUUUAAUUUUUUUAGAGACAGGGUGCAGUGGCAUGAUCAUAGCUCACUGCAGCCUCAAGUGGUCCUCCCACCUUAGGCUCCCAAAGCUCUGGGAUUACAGGUGUGAGCCAUCACACCCAGCCACAUUCUCCAGCUUUUAUAGUGGGAUGGCUCACAGAGUCACAUCGACCACAGCCUUCUGGAUGUGGGGGCUGAACAGUGUCUCUGUUAAACCACACCCAGGCCGACCCUCAGGUGACCAGGGUCCCAAGUUGCCGUGGGUCUUGCGGAAUGACAGGGCUGGAGACCUACCCCAUGCCUUCCCACUGCUCAGAUCCGUGAGCUGGAUCGUGUCCUGUUCGGCAGCACGUGGCUCCUUCUGGCUGAACCUUCUGGUCUAUACAAUUUGUACUCACAUUUCCACACCACCAGAGCCAGCAGGGAUGGCUGGCUGAUCACCAAAACUCAGGUGUAGACCCACGGGCCUGGUGCAGAGGCAGGCAUCUUUUGGCACUGACUUAACUGGCCCAGAGGAUGCUUCUAGAACCUCCCCCCAGAGCAGGAUUCAGCAUCAUCCAGGGCUUGGUGCGGGGUGAGCAGACAUGGGCUCUGUAUUCGGACCUGCCUGGGCUCCAUAACAGUCCACCACUCUCCAGCCUCGUGAGCCUCGGCAAGUGACUUAACCUGCUGAGUCCUCAGUCUCCUCAUCUUUAAAAUGGGGUGAUGCAAGUAGCAUCUCCGUCACAAAAGCGUUAUCAGGCCCAGGCAGCUGCAGGCCCCUGCCAGGGCUCACACAGUGAAAUGAUGGGAAUCAGGGCUGUCCAACCCUUCCUGCGUCACUGCCUUCCCUGUGGCCAAAAGAAAAAGCCGGUGAGCUGGGGAAGGUUCAGGAACUGUAGGAGAAUGAAAGGUAGCAAGAGGAGGGAGAGCUUCCAGCCACUCGCCAGGCCUGGCCUGGAAUUGGCAGUGGGAAGUGAGGCAGCCUAGAGACCAUAUACCGAGCCUGGCCCCUGCGCCCCUGCCCCAGGCACGCACUGUUUGGAAGGGGCAGAUCUGUGAGCACACAGGAGUAGUGGAGUCCACUCCCACAGAGAUCUCGGGGUGCCCCUUCAUGCCGCGCCCACCAGACUGCACCCUCAUCUCCUCUCUUUGGCUCAGCUGUCCUCGUGCAGCCAGUGUGGCCUGACUGAUCCGUGAGCUGGAUCAUGUCAGUCUGCAGCUUCAAACUCUCUAGGGCCUCCCUGACGCGUGGAAAGUCGAGUCCCGCUGCUCACCCCAGCACCGAGGCCCCACCUCACCUGACCCUGCACUCGCUGUCCCGGCCUUCCUCCCUGCAGGCUCCCACCCCAGGGCCCUAGCGCUGCCUCUUCCCUCUGCCUGGGAUGCCCUUCCCUCACAUUCUUCCUGCGUGGCGCCUUUUUAUUUUCCUUUGAGAUCUUAAAUCACGCUUGUCCAACCCAAGCUUGGGCUUUGAAUGCAGCCCAACACAAAUUUGUAAACUUCCUUAAAACAUGAGAUUUUUUUUGCAAUUUUUUUUUUUUUUUUUUUUUUAGUUCAUCAGUUAUCACUAGUGUUAUUGUAUUUUAUGUGUGGUCCAAGACAGUUCUUCCAGGGUGACCCAGGGAAGCCAAAAGUUUGGAUGCCCCGGUUUAACUUCUGCUUCCUCACUGAGGGAGACAGACUCCUGAUCAGUUCAUCUGCAGUAACCACACCCAGCUCCUCUUCACACCCAGCCCCAACCCCCUAUCCCCCAUCCCCUGUCCCUCUCAGUCACAGCACUCAGUACAGGGGACAACCUGGAGUGUGAGCAAGAUCUCAGUGACCCAGAGCCUUUUACCCCCUCAAAAAUAACUGUUUUAAACGGGAACUAGGAAAGCAAUUAAGAUUUUUGUUACGAUCAUCAUCAUUGUUCUAGAAUGCAGUAAAGUACAGCCAGGCAGCCAUAAAGCGGAGCUCGGGAAAGUCGUUUGCCUGGCCCAGAGGAGGGGCUUCAUCUCUUCUUCCUUUGGAGAAGAGGGACUGGUGAAAGCGUCUUAUGAGAAAUUCCUCCAUCCAGCAUGUGGGGGUUGAACUGGGAGACUCUAAGCCUUUGAGCCAAGGCAGCAAGGGACUGAUAGUCACCACUGUCACUGGGAGGGAGACACGGGAGCUUUCUGAAAGGCGGCUUCAGUUGUUUUUGAAGCAAUGAUGGGACGUUGGUAGACUCAGACACCCAGAAGAUCUGGGAGAGAAACUCCAGAAAUAACCCACAGAGGUGGCACUGAGGAGGGAGCACUCCUCCAGGGCGGUGAGCCUCCUGACCCGGCUCAGGACUGACUGCUGCAGGGGGCAGGAAACUGCCUCAGCCACAUCUCAGGGGGCUGUGACCCUUCCCUGCCGAUAUGGUCACCAGAGAGCCAGGAAAGAGAACCAUGACAGGCUGGACCAGAGCACUUGCAUAGGAAAGGAGAGGUGACACCAAGAGGCCAGAGGGGCCAAAGGGACACAGGGAGGUGGGAGGUCAGUAGGACACGUGCCUCAGAAAAGCCAGAGGCACACAUCUGGAUGAGGCCUGUGACCCGGUGUUCAGAGUGUGGCUCAGUUAGCUGGGAGGAACGGGGACAGGCUGUUUCCAGAGUGGAGGGCUGGCUGGAACCGCUUCUGCUGUCCUCACGUCCGUCUCCCACCCGCUGUGGGUCUCAGGGGCCUGGCCCCUUGAGCUGUGUCUCUGAAACUCCCUUGUCAAGAGGCUUGUAUUCAGUUUGGCCAGCAGUGGGCACUAGCGGGCGCCUGGAAGGCUGGUAGAAGAGAAACUCCAGGCAUCCCGCCCUCUCCCUCUGUCCCACUUGGCGUCUCCAAGGGUCCACCCCUGGAUGGGUGAGGAGGGCCCUGGCAUCUCUACUCUAGGAUACACACAGUCAGACUGCAGGAGGGAGAUGGGUGGUCAGACAGGUCCUGGAGAACAGACAGGGGUGAGGGACAGUGGGGCCUGGAGGAGGGACAGGAGUGAGGGACAGUGGGGACGGGAGGAGGAGAGCGGAAUGCACAGGCCCUGACUCCAAAGGCCUGCGUUAGAAUCUCUAGGCUCUCAGUGUCUCCAGGCCUUGCGUUCCAUGUCUUUCAAAUGGGUCCAGGAAUUCCUGCCUCAUUGGAUUGGUUAAGACAGAAACAGAAGGUCAUGAAUGGAAAGUAGUUAGCAGACUGUGUCAUGCCUAGUGAGUACUUAGUAAUGGUAGUUGCCAUCAUUAUUAUGAACAUAACUUCAAAACAAGGCAAGCUUGUGGGGCUGCACCCAGCAGAUGUCAGGCCAGCUGGGCCCACGUCCAGAGGCUGGGGCGGGAUAGGGACUCACAGGGCGCUGUGCCAUGUUGGGGAGGAGCCUAUGAUCCAGGAAGGAGCCUGUAGGAGGUGCCCCCCUGCCCACUGGCCCCAGUAGGCAAACCAGCACCUGGCUCUUCCUGCACAGAACCAAAGUUCAAGCCCAAAUGGGUCAAUGGUUGUGGGGAAACAGGUGAGCACCCCCCCAGGAGCAGCUGCCUGUCUGUUGCUGUGUCUGUGUGUCUGUUCCUAACCCUUUCUUUUUUUUUUUUUUUUGAGACAAAGUCUUGCUCUGUUCCCCAGGCUGGAGUGCAGUGGUGUGAUCUGGGCUCACCUCCCUGGUUCAAGCGAUUGUCCCGCCUCAGCCUCCCAAGGCUGGGAUUACAGGUGUGCACCACCACGCCCGGCUAAUUUUGUAUUUUUCGUAGAGACUGGGUUUCACCAUGUAGACCAGGCUGGUCUCGAAUUCCUGACCUCAAGUGAUCCACCUGCCUCGGCCUCCCAAAGUGUGGGGAUUACAGGUGUGAGCCACCACGCCCAGCUAAUUUUUUGUAUUUUUAGUAGAGACAGGGUUUCACCAUGUGGGCCAGGCUGGUCUUGAACUCCCAACCUCAAGUGAUCCACCCACCUUGUUCUCCCAAAGUGCUGAGAUUACAGGUGUGAGCCACCAUGCCCAGCCUGUUCCUAACCCUUUCAACUGGGGGGUCUCAAGUGGGUGAGGACUCCGUGGCCACAGCAGCAGAACUGUCUCUUCUGAAAACCAGACUCUGGGGCCCCUGGGUCAGCACCUCUAGGUCAUUCCACAGACUUACACAGUUUAAAGAAAGAGCCAGCGAACAUGGGGUGAUCCUGGGGUGCCAUUGGGAUCCCAAGCCAGGCCCGGAGUUCUGCCUGUUUCGUCCCCAGAAACUUGAGCUGGGAUCCUCCGCUGGUUUGCACUGGGCACGGGGACUGGAGAGCCACGAGACCACUGAGCGCAGCAUGCUGUCACUUCUCAGGAAGUUGUGAGGGUGAGGAGAAUAGCCGGGCCCACUCUGCAGAGAAGAGGAACAGGCACAGGCUAGAGGCACGGGCUGAUAGAGUGAGUCCUCUCCCUCAUUCAUUCAUUCAUUCAUUCAUCCAUCAGACACCUUCUGGGCAUCUGCUGUGUGCGAGACACUGUGCUGGGUGCCCCAGACACAAGACAGAAACUCGGGUCGCCCUGUGUGCCUCCACACUGGCCUUCCCUGCUGCGUGGACGCAGGCUCUGUCUCCUAGGCUUUAAGCCCCAUGCAUCAGGUGGAAGACAAUUUCCAGCGGCCUCUGCCCGCUUGUUUUUCCUCCUCUCCUUUUCCUGCCGCCUUGGUCUUUUUUGUCUUUUGUGCACGGCCGUCUCUCGCAGCGCCCGUCUGUGCUCCGCAGCGUCUAGGAAAGGAUUAGUGUGAGCAGAGCAUGCAGGCUUUGGUGAACAGAGCCGAGCUUGGUUUCAACAUCUAAUUCAAUUUGUUCUGCCGAGAUUGAAAUAUGAAAUGGUUGCCAGUCAAACGUUCAAAGGACGGGGAAGGGAGAGUGAGCGCCUGCUGAAAUUUAAAUUUUAAUGAAAAUGACUUUAACCCUUUGGUACACCUUGCAAAAUGUAACCCAUCCUCCCAUCCUGUGAAAGCGGCCUCUCGGGUUAGAGCUUUCCACCCACUUCUCUUCCACUGAGCUUCACUAAUAAUAUGUAAUCAUUUUUUUCAGCCGUCUUAAUAAUAAAAGAUUAAUAGAAUGCUUGCAUAAUAAUAAUUUAUUCACCCAUGCCGCCUAGGCCGUUGAAAUAGGCACCUUGCCUAGAUGACUUUCCCAAGCCCCAUCCUAGACAAGCCCAGGCCCCUCGUUAGAUGCACUCGUCACACCGAACACCUCCCUAGCUCCUUACAGCUGUGAACAGUUUCUGUGUUUUUAUUUCAUGUCUGACCUCUCUCUCUGGACCGGAAGUCCCAGGAGAGCAAGGUCUGUGCCUGUUUUGUGCGUGCUGCAUCGUGGAGUAGAUGCUUAGUAAAUACUCGAGGAAGGAAUCAGUGGCCCCACUUUGUCCUUUUAGCAACUGUGAGAGGUAAGUUGAUGGGAGAUGUAGAAAUGGAGAGGUGGGUGACAUUCCCAAGACGGCGCUGCACAGAGGGCUGCCACCAGGCUCACACUCAGCUCACUCUGGCACAAGCCCAAGCCCCUACCUCCGCAGAGCAGUGAGGGCAGUUCCCACAUGCAGGGGGCCCGGCCCUGUGCCGGGCUUUAGAGGCGUACCCUGUGCUCUCGCUCCUGCUGCAGGGCCUGAACUGCUGCCUCCUCUUUACAGCGAGGGCAGGCCCAAUGUGUGCCGACUCGAGCCCUGUCCUCAAGGCGGUGUGGGUGAAGGGCUCUCUCUCCUCACCCCCAGUGAGGUUCUCCUAUUCAGCUCCUGCUUGCCAUGGAACCCCCAGUGUGUUUUUUGUUUUGUUUUUAAAUAUCAAAUGCCAUCAGUGCCGGACCAGUGGGCAUGCAUGGCAGCUCAUUAUGGCUGUGGACAGACAGUGCCAGGCAUUGACCAGGCAUCAUAGGUUUUCAGGGUAGAGUGGGGUGAUGGGGGCAGCCCUGAGACCACCUUCAGGACAGUUGGCUUCCAAGGACUGAGUCCUUGGCUUCAUCCUCCAGGGCUCAUACAGACCAGGAGCGCAAGGGAGAGGUUCAAACCUGAAACACCCAGCAAAUGUGUGUUGAGCUUAUGUGCACCAGGCAUGGCCAUGAUGCUGGGAAUGCAGGAGUUGACACAGCAGAUAAGACUCCCUGGCCUCGAGGAGCUGGUAGUCAAAUGUGGGGAGACCCAGACAUGAGUGGGUGGAGGAUUGCUUCCCUGGCACUGCUGAGGCUCCCUUCUCUCUGGGGAUGUCUGGCAGGGUCAAGGAAGGGCUCCCUGAGGAGGUGGCAUGUGAGCAGAGCUGGGAGGAAGGGGACAGCUCUGUGUGCUCAAGGGAGAGUGAGGGGGACAGCCCGGGCCCCAGAAAAAGCCAGGGAGAGUGGGCAGGGGCCUGCCAACCCGGCUCAGGCUUGGGUGUCAAGUCUGGGCCUGUGGAGGGGAGCAGAGCCGGCCCAGUCUGCCACCAUGUUACCAUGUUAAGGAUCAAUAGCAGAAGGUCAAGGACCGAAGCAGGGACAGGUGUUCAAAAGCCAUUGCAGUGGCCAGGAGAGCAGGGAGGUGGCAGUGGAGGGGUGAGGUGGCCCAAGCCUGUAGACAGACUGAAAAUGCAGCCAGUGGCCUAAAGGUUUGGCUGUGGGGUGUGCACAACCAAGGCUAGCGCCCUGGCUCCAGCCCAAGCAGUGGGAAGAAGGAAGCUAGUGUGCGCUGAGACCAUUGCAGGAAGAGCUGGCUUGGAGGGAAGCAGGAACUGGCUUUAAACUCGGUAAGCUGUUGACUGCUAAGAGGUAGAGAACACACCGGAGGAUACGUGUCUCAGGUUGAGGAGAGAGGGUUGGACCGAGGUAUAACAGGAAAUUAUCCUUCUUUGGUUAAGAAAUCUAAAAGGGGCCAGCCUCGGUGCUUCACUCCUGUAAUCCCGGCACUUUGGGAGGCUGAGGUGGGAGGAUCGCUUUGAGGCCAGGAGUUCGAGACCAGCCUGGGCAACAUAGGGAGACCCCAUCUCUACAAAUAAUUUUUAACAUUAGCCGGCUGUGGUAGUGUGGGCCUGUGGUCCCAGCUACUCAGGAGGCUGAGGUGGGAGGAUCACUUGAGCCCAGGAGGUCGAGGCUGCAGUGAGCCAUGAUCACACCACCGCACUCCAGCCUGGGCAAUGGAGUGAGAUGCAGUCUCCCAAAAAAAAGGGGGGGAAAAAAAAGAAAUCUAAGAGUCAGCAUGGGAACUAACAGCCCCGUGUAGACAGACCUCGGAAGUCUCAUAGCUUCAAUGCUUCAAGUUAAUUUUUUUAUUUUUUAUUUUUUUUUUGAGAUGGAGUCUCACUCUGUCGCCCAGCCUGGAGUGCAGUGGCGCGAUCUUGGCUCACUGCAGCCCCUGCCUCUCUGGGUUCAAGCAGUCCUCCCACUUCAUCCUCCCAAGUAGCUGAGAUUACAGGCAUGCACCACCAUGCCUGGCUAAGUUUUGUAUCUUUAGUAGAGGUGAGGUUUUGCCAUGUUGGCCAGACUGGUCAUGAACUCCUGACCUCAGGUAAUCCUCCUGCCUCGUCCUCCCAAAGUGCUGGGAUUACAGGCAUGAGCCACUGCACGGGCCUCAAUUUCAUUUUGAAGCCACUUCUAGAUGGUUCCAAACUCCUUUGGCCCCAGAACCCAUUUCCCAAACAAAUGUCUUAAACAGAUUAAGCAAAACUGCUUUGUUCCAAGUCAGGGUACAGGCCUGACCUCCCCCACCCAGACUCCUCUUCCCCCUCAACUCCUCAGUGAUUUGAAAAACACUGACCUAGGCCUGGCGCAGUGGCUCACGCCUGUAAUCCCAGCACUUUGGGAGGCCAAGGUGGGUCAUCGCAAAGUCAGGAGAUGGAGACCAUCCUGGCUAACAUGGUGAAACCCCAUCUCUACUAAAAAUAUAAAAAAUUAGCCGGGCAUGGUGGCACGUGCCUGUAGUCCCAGCUACUCGGGAGGCUGAGACAGGAGAAUCACUUGAACCCGGGAGGUAGAGGUUGCAGUGAGCCGAGAUCGUGCCACUGCUCUCCAGCCUGGAUGACAGAGUGAGACUCCAUCUCGAAAAAAUAAAUAUUGAACUAAAAAAUGUCUCCCAAAGCACAGAGCAUGGACCUCUGUGCUUCAGGAGAUGGUUUAGGUGGCCCACACACUUUUCUUUUUAAUUUUUAACUCACAAGUUUAUUUUCACAUGUAUGCCACAAAUACAAACCUGUAUUUGUUUAGGUCAUCAAACCUAUGGUGUUGCUAAGCUCUAAGGAAUACCAGUGAAUUCGUAUAAAGAAAAGUAUUAAAAACAUGAAUUUCGUAAGGCAAAGUAGUAAAGAAGCGACGUGAAUGAUCGAAAUCAGGGGUUGGCAAACCAUGGCCCUCUUUUUUUUUUUUUUUUUUUUUGUGCUGCUGUUGCCUGGUUUUGUAAAUAAAGUUUUAUUGGAAUACAGCCAUGCCCAUUAGUUUACAUAUUGUCAAUAGUUGCUGCAUGUAGCAGAGUUGAGUAGCAACAGAGACCUUAUGACCUGCAAAGCCUAAAAUAUUUACCAUCUGGCCCUUUGCAUCAAGUGAGGUGACCCUGAUCUAAAGCAAACCCCCAUCAUUUUACAGAUUAGAAAGCCCAGAGUGUCUUCUACAAGGUCACACUGUGCAGAAUUCCCCGUUCCGGCUCUUUCACCUCUGCCGUGCUGCCUCGGCACAUGUGCUGAGUAAAACUUUAUGGACAAGACCAGGCAACAGUAGCAGGAAAAAUAAAAAACGAGCUGUGGUUUGGCGACCCCUGAUUUCAAUCAUUCAUGUCCCUUCUUUACUACUUUGCCACUUAGCCACAAUGUGACCUUGAGCAACCUCCUUGACCUCUCUGUGCCUGUGUUCUCACCUGUGAACCGAGAACAGGACAGACUCCUGCAGAUGCCAGGAUGAAGUGAAGGCUGAGAAUGGCGCCGGCCCCACAUGAGCACUACACAAGCCUCAGCUGUUGUUACCCCAUCCCCCUAACAUAAAGGCAGUGUCCUCCUGCACCCCGACAGGCUUGGGCCAUCACCCGCCGCCCAGGAGGCCAGGGUAUUUCAGCACAAGCCCCGGGCCAAGGCCUUCUGGAUCGUCAGCAAAGUAAAAGGGGCCCUGCAAUCUAAUUAUAGCAUUGCUAGAAGCCAGGGCCGCAUUCCCCUCCAGCUUCCUUAAUAAGCCCCACUUCCCCAUAAUUGCAGAUUUCAUGGAAGCGGUCCACUGGGGCCACCAUGUCCCAUCCUUGGGCUUAGGCCAAUAGCAGACAUUUUGUUGUGCAGAUUUCUGGAUAGCAGCUGCUCCUGCCUUUCCUGGAAACUGUCAGGAGCCCUCCCUUCUCCUGGUCCCCAAAAAGAUUCCAGGCGAUAACAUCGCUGCCACCUUGUACACCUGCAGUUUACAAAGCACUUUCGCAGGUGGGAGCUGAGUCACUAGGCAGGGGCGGUCACUGCCAUGGCACAGAUGAGGAAACUGAGGCUCCAGGAAAGGAGGGGAGCAGCCCGUGGCCGAUGUUCCAGAAAGAAGGCAGUCCCCUUUCCCAGGCUGUGGCUCCACAGUCAAAGAUCCUCCUCUCCUUCCCUUCUGGCUUUGUGGAAGAGGACAGGAAGCUGGAUAUGUGGCAGUCCGUGCAAGGGAUAGCAGGAAACACUGCGUCCCAUGAACGGUUCUCAGACUGCAUUCCCCAGAGAUGCUGAGAUGUGUGGCUGAGGAGUCCAGCACCCUUAACCCCUCCACCUCCCAGGAUUUUAUAUUCCUAGGCUCAAUUGCCCAACCCUCAUAGUGUAAGCAUCUCACUGCAAUCUUUGUGAGCUGCGAGGUAUUUUGUGAACCCUGAACACAAGUCAACAACUUCACCCAAUGCUCAACCAAAGAACAGCAGCUGCCCCAGUGCUAGGGGACAGCCUGCUGUGUUCGCCUCCCAGAGCAACAGUGUAUAUAGGUCAGGGAAUGUGUUGGUUCCUGUGACAGACCCAGACAUUAGUGGGCUUAAAUGAGAUGGAGGUGGAUUUCUGUCACAUGACAGUUGGAAGGUGAACAGGCCUGGUCUGACAGCAGCAGGGGCCCAGCCCCUCUGAACUGUCACUCUGACACGCCUCCAUGGCCCAGACAGCACCCCGCUGUGCUGCCACCACCCAGUCACUGGGAGUGGGGAGGAAAAAGAGGGCUUGCCCUGCCCUUCAAGGACACAGCCUGGGCAUUCUCAUGUCACUUUGACCAGAAUAUGGUCACCUGGUUGAGCCUAGCUGCAAGAGAUGCUGGGAAAUGGUCUUUCUCUUGGGCAGCCGUGUGCUCCCCAAAACAUACAGCCCCUCCUUCUACAGGAAGCGGGAAAACAAAUGCUGGGGGCAGCCAGCAGCCUCAGCCACUGAUCGUUGGGUGCUGCCUGGGGUCUUCCCAGGGCAUUUUCAAGGUCAAUUUGACUGUCCUUGAUUUCCACCUUUUGAGCUGACAUUAGAACCUAACCCCACAUAAGUAUUGUUUAAAGACUCAUGUAUCACAGCCGUAAAAAAGAAUGAGUUCAUGUCCUUUGCAGGGACAUGGAUGAAGCUGGAAACCAGCAUUCUCAGCCAAAUAACACAGGAACAGAAAACCAAACACCACAUGUUCUCACUCAUAAGUGGGAGUUGAACAGUGAGGACACAUGGACACAGGGAAGGGAACAUCACACACCGGGACCUGUCGGGGGUGGAGGGCUAAGGGAGGGAUAGCAUUAGGAGAAAUACCUAAUGUAGAUGGUGCAGCAAACCACCAUGGCACAUGUAUGCCUAUGUGACAAACCUGCACUUUCUGCAUACGUAUCCCAGAACUUAAAGUAUUUUAAAGAAAAAAGAAAAAGACUCAUGAAUCUAAUGUGUUCAUCAGAUUUUUUUUUCUUUUUUUCUUUUUUUUUUUUGAGACUGGGUCUUGCUGUAUCACCCAGGCCGGAGUGCAGUAGUGUGAUCACGGCUCACUGCAGCCUCAACCUCCCAGGCUCAAGUCAUCCUCUUGCCUCAGCCUCCUGAGUAGCUGGGACUACAGGCAUGCACCACCAUGCUCGGCUAAUUUUUUAAUUUUUUUUAGGGAAGGGGUCUCCCUAUGUUGCCCAGGCUGGCCUCAAACUCCUGGGCUCAAGUAAUCCUCCUGCCGUGGCUUCCCAAAGUUCUGGCAUUACAGGUGUGAGCCACUAUGCCUGGCCUCAUCAUCGCAUUCUUAAACCAAGAAAAGUUAACCCACUUUUCUUAACCCACUGUGUUAGACACUAGUGUUGGUUGUCAGUGAAAAACUCCAAAGUAACAUGUGGAUCUUGUUGCUUACACAUUAAGACAAAAUGCCAAUUUUGGGGGCCAGGGGAAUAAGGCAUCAAGUUCGCCCCAUGUGUAGAUUCACUCAUGUCUGAUCAAGUGCACCCUCGGGGUGUUGCCUACAUAGAGGCUGGCUUUUCCCUAAUGUCCUUCUUUUCCGCAGAUCUUCAGAAAGGCUUUCUCUGAUAGGGCAGUAUGUUAAUUCCUGUGACUGCUGUAACAAAAUACCUCAAACUGGGGGGCUUAAAGCAACAGAAAGUUGUGCUCUCACAGUUCCGGAGUCCACAGGUCUGAAAUCCAGGUGUGGGCAGGGCCACGCUCCCUCCGAAGGCUCUAGGGGAGGAUCCUUGCUCAACUUAUUUUUGAGACAGUCUUGCUCCGUCACCCACGCUGGAGUGCAAUGGCACGAUCUCGGCUCCCUGAAACCUCUGCCUCCCGAGUAGCUGAGAUUACAGGUGCCCGCCACCAUGCCCAACUAAUUUUUGUAUUUUUAGUAGAGACAAGUUUUCACCAUUGGCCAGGCUGAUCUUGAACUCCUGGCCUCAGGUGAUCCACCCGCCUCAGCCUCCCAAAGUGUUGGGAUUACAGGCCUGAGCCACCACGCCCAGCCUGCCUUUCUCUUCUGAGGACAGUUGGCACCUAUAAUCUCAUCUCAAGAUCAUUACUUAUAUGUACAAAGACCCUUUUUUCCCAAAUAAGGUCAUAUUUACAGGUUCCAGGUGGACGUAUAUUUUGGGGGAGGUCACCAUUCAACCCUCUGCAGACCAUCUGAGUCCCCUUUCCUUGCUCUACAAGCAUUUAAUGAGCACCUCCUAUUGGCCAGCCCUGAACUGGCGGCCAGGGAUCCAGCAAUCAACACAGCAGGAUCGGCCAGUCCCGGUGACUCAUGCCUGUAAUCCCAGCACUUUGGGAGGCUGAGGCAGGCAGAUCACUUGAGGUCAGGAGUUUGAGACCAGCUUGGCCAACAUGGUGAAACCCCAUCUCUACUAAAAUACAUAACUUGGCUGGGCGCUGUGGCUCACGCCUGUAAUCCCAGCAGUUUGGGAGGUUGAGGCGGGUGGAUCACUUGAGGUCAGGAGUUCAAGACCAGUCUAGCCAACAUGGCAAAACCCCAUCUCUACUAAAAAUACAAAAAAUGAGCUGGGCAUUUUUUGUAUGAGGCGGGCGCCUGUAGUCCCAGCUACUCAGGAGGCGUGAGAAUCACUUGAGCCCGGGAGGUGGAGGUUGCAGUGAGCUGAGAUGGCACCACUGCACUGCAGCCUGGGCGACAGAGCGAGGCUCUGUCUCGAAAACAAACAAACAUACAACACAGUAGGCUCACUGCUGCUGUGAAAGUUCACAGUCUGUUGGGAGAUGGCUAAGUAACAGGUGGUCAUGGUGCCAAGGGAGAAGUGGGGCAGAUGUCCAAAGGAAGGGUGGGGAGGGCUUCCCAAAAGACGUGGCUUCUAAACUGUGUCCCAGGAGGUGAGUAGGGGCUACCCUGAGAGGUGGACUUACCCUGAGGGCAGCAGAGAGCCCCUGAAGGUCCAAGAGCAGGAGAGCAGCCAUGCCCAGCUGCCUGUGAAGCUGCCACCUCUUCUCCCUCCAUACCCCGACACUCAGGGACACGCCCCCGCAGCCCACACUCCCAGGAAAAGCAUUCCUCUAGUGGACCUUCUGGUUACUUUUGUAGAUAACCUUGUGGCCAGCCCUCCACCACCUCUGCAGAAACAACACCCUCACCCCACGAAGCCCGACCUGUUCUCUCCCCGGCUGACUUUGAAGCCGUGGUUGUAGCAGAGUGGGUAGGUUCCAAUGAUGGGUAGAGAAGGCAGAGGCCAGAGCAAGGCAGCCAAGGCCAGAAACGCCAGGAGCCACCAGAAGCUGGAAGGGCCGAGGAAGUAUCCUCUAGAGCCUCCAGGGGAGCAUAGCCCUGCUCACACCUGGAUUUCAGACUUGUGGACUUUGGAACUAUGAAAGCAUAACUUCAAAGCAUGUUCCUGAGAGUGGGGCAGGUACCACUCCAGGGGGCCUGGAGUGAGUUGCAGGGAAUGGGAAUAGGUAGAGAAGGCAUCUCGGGGACAGGGUUCAGCUGAGGGCAAGGCUGCCUUCAGGCGGGACCAUGACUUGCAGCCGCACAGCACAGGACACUUAGUCUGAGCUAAAGAAUAUUUGCUUAAUGAGUGAGCUUACAUCAUAUGUAUAUGAAAUCUAGAAACAUGUCUGGUUUGCUGAAGACUGACUACGUGGGUGGGUGCUGAGCCCCAUUUCAACUGUAAAUGCUAACUCAUUGCAAGAGACAGAAGGUCAUUGUCUUGUAAGCAGAGGCCUGAAAGCCAGUUCCGGCAUAGGAACCUAACGAACAGACAUGGGAAUCCAAGGCCAUCAUAGCAGCAGUGGUCACAAUUACUGAGCCUUACUCUGGGCCAGGCACUAUAAGCCAGGGAGUUCUCACGACAGCCAGAAUUGAUGGGGUUGUUGUCCCCAUUUGACAAGUGAAACCGGUGCAGAGAGACGGCAUGCCUUGCCCAAAUUCACAAGGCUAUUAGUGGGAGGAGUCAAGAGACUUUAAGGGCCCUUUCUCUGUCUACGAAAGCAAUAAACAAUCAAAGAUAAAGCAUAA